AUGCCGAAUACCAAGAUUGUCCAUGUCCCUCACCUGGGCGGCAUCGAUGCCGCGUACCAGAUGCCUCACCCCUACGACCCAUCCAAGCCGACAUUGAUUCUCGUGAAUAGCUUCACCACUUCAUCUGAACUGUAUCGGAAGCAGUACGCCAAUAAGGCGCUGACAGACAAGAUGAACCUUUUGGCCAUCGAACUGCUCGGCCACGGGCAGACACGGACUAAGUCUGAGAAUUUUACAUAUUGGGACACUGCAAUCAUGAACAUUCAAGUCAUGGAGGCGCUAGGAAUUCCAAAAGCUUUUGUCCUAGGCACCAGUCAGGGCGGGUGGAUUACGGUGCGGAUGGCGCUGUUGGCACCCGACAAGGCAUGUCUCCACGACCCGCCUAUCCAGGGCAUUAUCCCUCUCGGCACCUCGCUGGACUAUGAGUCCGAGCGAACACGCAAGCUCGGCUGCUGGGACGGCGUUGCCGCCUGUACAGGCCCAAUCGAUAUGUGGACGACCAAGACUCCUACACCUGAUUUUCAACCAGACAUCGCUUACUGCGACUACCUAAUUGACAUUGGCUUCGGAAAGAACUGUCCCCAAGAGACGCGAGAUUUCUGGCGCAAGACCAUCCAAGCGGAUUAUCAGGGUGACGACGGUCGCAGGCGGGCGAGGAUGGCGGCGAUCAAUCUGCGGGAGCGAGACGGGCUGCAUGGACGAUUGUUUGAUGUCGAGUGUCCGGUUAUGUGGUUGCAUGGAACUGAUGACGUUGUCUACAGUGUAGCCAAUGCGGAGCAGGAAAUCAAACUUUUCGUCAAUUCCCCUUCGGCGUUGUUGGUUGUCGUGCCGGGCGGCGCUCAUUUCUUAUCCGCCUCUCAUCCGAAUGAGGUCGACAAUGCACUGAUCGCGUUUGUGGGGAAGUAUGCUUGA